GUCCCAGGGCCGGAAGCGAGAGCGCUGCGCGAUGGCGGGAGGAGGCCGGCAGCUGAUGCGGGAGCUGGAUAAUGGGUCUCUGGAGGUAACACAGAGCGUGGAUGAGGACUCCCUGCUUGAUGCCCCUCUUCUUCCACCUCAUGCAUUGCAUGCCUGGCUGCGUCCAAAGUUCUACGCUAUACCUACAGUCUGUUUGGUCAAUAUUUUGUUGCUGAUACAUGUUGCUUUUGUCAUUCUGGCUUUUUUAGCAGGUAUGUUCUGUUAUCCUGAUGCAAGUAAAGCUAGGUGUCCAGAAUACUACACAGAUCCACUUAAAGUCCAAACCGCUGUAAUCAUUGCCAAGGUAAUUCUCUGGCUUCUACAUCUGUUCCUUGAACAAUACAUUCAGUACCACCACAGUAAGGCCAAACGCAGAGGCUAUUUCUUAAUCUACCGAAACACAAGAUAUCUGAAGAGGCUUCCACUCCUAAUUCAGUCUACAGGUAAUGCAGCUUUACUCCUGAUACUGUCCGUGCAAUAUUCCUUUCCUGAACACAAUAAAUUGUACCUCUGCUUCAUCUUGGCAGUCUUGAGCGUGGAGCUGAUUUGCUCAUUGAUAUGCCAGGUGGUCUAUACAGUGAAAGUAAGCAACUUUAACCGAGCAAAACCCAGACCUGAUAUCAUAGAAGAAGAAAAGACGUAUGCAUAUCCUAAUCGCGUUACCUCAGAAGUUGGAUUCAGGGAAACAUCAGUGUUGGAAGAAGUAGUUGAAAAACAAGGAGAUGUGAUUGAAUACCUUCAGCGGCACAGUGCCCUACUCAGCAAGAAACUGCUGGCAUUAACAUCCCAACAGGGCAGAAGCUAGUGGUGUCCCAAAAACACUGAGAAAGAUGCAGGACCAACAUAGACAUUGAAUGAGAGCAGGAAAUGCUUCAUAUGAAAGUUGAACAGCAGUAUCCCAGGUUCUUAAUACCAGUUGGAGAUAUUCUGGCUUGGUGGUAAAGCUUCUGGAUAUUUACAUAUAUUUUGAGGGUUUUCCAAACAUUCCUGCAGUACAUAGAACCAGCAUUAGCCAGAAGAAAACCUCUCCGGUUUCUCUAAUUCAAAUGGAUGCAAAUUGCCAAAGAACUUCAUGGAGGUUUGGGAUUCUGUGUUUUCAAAAACAAAUUUGAGGCAAACCUGCUCACUCCUAGAUUAUGAGAACAGUGCUCAGUUUUUGUGCAUUUGUAUAGUAAUCAGUAGGUCAUCAUGUAAAUGUUUUUAAAGGGAUUAAGGAUGGUUACAUUGUCGUAAAACUGGUAUGGAUGAAGACACCUGGAGAGGCUGCUGGGAAGUGGCCCAGUAUCCUAAAGGCAGUGUUGCCAUUCAGGCUUUUUCUUAGGGAAAUUCUGUUAGUAUGUGCAUUGGCUACACAGCCUUGUAAGCUCAGAGGCAGAUGAUUCAAAAGGGAAUGGAGACUUCACACACAAGUGAGAGAUGGAGCAGAGGAGUGGAAGCUUGUGUCCAGAAUGUAGUCUGUAGAUGAGACAUCAGUUAAGAGUAGUAUGUACUGCAGGACAGACAACUUGUUUCUCCUUCGUUCACAUGAUGGGGUGAGCAGCUGCGCUGCAUUAUAAAGAAAUAGUAGCACAUGGAAUAUUUGAACAUCUAACACAUCCAACUUGUUUUCUCAGCUGACUGGUUAUCCUUCUGUGUCUUAUGAGUAGGAGAUAACAGCAUAAUUAAGGAAAGACCUCCAUCUUGCUAGUAAGAGACAACUAAGCAUAAUUAAGGGAAGACAUUAUUUAAGGACAUUCAUAUUAACAGGCAGUAUACAAAAUGCUUGCAUUUGCUCCGUUUGUGACUUGGUAUGGAAACUCCAGGAGGUAUUUCAUGGUUUAAAUAACUAUAAAUUAUGUGGAUCAAAAUUACUUGUGAUAUAUCUUGCACAUGGGAUACACACAUGCAUGUUUUUUACUGCAGUUUUUGGUUUGUACAGGACUUUGGAAAUAAUGCAAAAAAAAAUUUUAAAGCUUCAGUUAUGCCAUGAUAGAAAAUUCACUACACCCAAUAUGAAAUCUUGCCAUUAUUGCUACUGCAAAUAUAAAAGCUUGUGAUAACAAAUUAUGGUCGUCUCUUAAAAAUUGUAAUCAUUUUUACCCAAAGCCAAAGGAUUCAUAAUCCUCAAGAAAUGUAUAGUUGCUUGUUAGUCUUGAAUGUCUAGUCUCUGGAUUUGUAAAUUCAGUAGAAGCUGCUCUGGGACAUGUCCUGCUCUUAAGUUCUCUAUCUCCAUCCAGUUAUCAGCUGUCAGUCUGUGUGCUGUAUGUUUUGCUGUCAAACGAGAUUCUUGUUUGUAUACCCUACCCAGUAUUUCUACGGAAGGACAUAUUUAAGAGAGGGUUCUCUGAAUAAUAUGGGCUGUGUUCUUGUUUGGGAAGAACAAAGGCAUGAUACCCUGUUAUACUUGAUCUGAACUGACUGUUAAUCCACUAUUUCUCAUUGAGGAGUACAUAUAGUAUUGUUCAAGGGAAAUACAACUGGAAUUGGCUGCUUCUAACAUGCCUGUUCUUUUCCUUUUUAGCAGUGUAUUAAGCACAGCUGGGAUUUUAUAGGGAAGAUGGAGGAAUCUGGAUAACUUUACUUUUAAAGCACACUCAGGUUUUGAUGCAGUUUGUGUAAAACUUGUUCUGUACCUUUUGUAAUAAACUCAAUGAAAUAAUAAAUUCAACAAGAUAUGA